UCCUUUUUUUUUUUACAUAUAAGAGAAAAUUAAAAGAUGAUGGUCGAUUGUGACCAAAAGAAAAUAGAUGAAAAAAUUAUAUCGCAAACUUCUUAGCAAUCGAUAUAUGGAUAUCGAAAUGCAAGCGAUAGUCCUUUGAUAUAUCAAUUUGUAGUAUACUUUCUUAUGCACUGAUAACCUUUACAUUUUUCGUAAUUAUUUCGUUGUUAUUUAAAUGGGCAACGUCGAACGUGGAAAGUCAUUAUUUAUGAAAUACUGCUCAACUUGUCAUACAAUCGAGAAAGAUGGGAAACAUAAAAUAGGUCCUAAUCUUUUCGGGGUCGUAGGCAGAACAAGUGGUACCAUGCCUGGAUUCUUAUAUACAGAACAUAUGAAGAAGAAAGCUUGUACGUGGGAUGAAAAUACCUUAGAUAUUUAUUUGGAGAAUCCAAAGAAAUUUCUACCAGGCACAAGAAUGGUAUUUAUUGGCAUAAAGAAGAGUGAAGAACGAACAGAUUUAAUAGCGUUUUUAAAGACGUUAAAAUAAAACAAGAACUUUAAAAAAACUUUUGCAUAUUUAUAUAAAUUUAUAUCAUGGUUGUUUAGGACUU